AUGCGUCAGAAAGCUUUCUUCUCCCUUUUAGGGCCAGCUUUGGCCCAAGGCCCUCGCCUCAACAUCACAGCCCUCACGUCCCGCGACGGCUACUCCGUCCUCGAGUGUUGGCAGCUCUCCUCCAUUCCCAUCGAUGCCAUGUCCGCGGCUAAUUACGCCAUCGGCAACACUACUGAGGCAGUCUGGUCGCGCAUCGAACCCCGGACAACCGUCGGCGAGGCGUGGGCACCUCACGUUCAGUAA